ACGAUGCUCACGCCCGACGUCCACCGCUGAACAGCCCCGGUCCCCUCCACUACGGGAUCCCUUUCCUCUCCUGACCUGUGCUCUACUAGAACUGCAGCGUACUGUGGAACGACCGACAUGGCUCGCGUGCAUGCGGACGUGAACGCGCGACUGGGACCUGGGUGGUAUGACUACGAAAGCCUACGGAUCGACUGGAAUGUGCCGGACAACUAUGAGAUUAUCUCCCGCAUCGGAGGCGGAAAGUACUCUGAAGUAUUUCAAGGCGUGGACAUGUCUAACGAAGAGACCGUCGUCAUCAAGGUCUUGAAACCGGUCGCAAAGCGGAAAAUCAAGCGCGAGAUCAAGAUCUUGCGGAAUCUCGCUGGAGGCCCGAACGUUGUGGGCCUGCUCGAUGUCGUGCACGACUCACCCUCGAGGUCGAACAGCCUUAUUAUGGAAUAUGUGCACAACACGGACUGGAAGGAACUCUAUCCCACUUUCACGGAGAUUGAAAUCAAGCACUAUGUCUUCCAGCUCCUUAGUGCACUUGACUUCGUUCACUCGCGCGGCAUCAUGCACCGCGACGUCAAACCUGGCAAUGUCAUGUUUGAUCGGGCACGUCGCAAGCUUAGACUGAUCGACUGGGGUUUGGCCGAGUUCUAUCAUCCUGAUACGGAGUAUCACAUCCGGGUCGGCUCGCGUUACUACAAGGGGCCCGAACUUUUGGUCGAGUACAAGAAAUAUGACUACAGUUUGGAUCUAUGGAGUGUUGGGUGCAUGUUGGCAUCCAUGAUCUUCCGCAAGGAACACUUUUUCCGAGGAAGGGAUAACGAGGAUCAACUCCUGCGCAUACUGAAAGUCCUGGGUACAGAUUCGUUCGAGCGGUAUCUGGAGAAGUACGGCCUGUUUAUCCGAACGGACAACCCCGGUCUCCUAGAGAGUCAUCCCAAGGUGUCAUGGACGCGCUUCGUGACCACCGACAACAAGCCGAACGUUACGACUGAGGUCAUCGACCUCCUAGACAAGCUGCUGCGCUACGAUCAUGGCGAGCGGCUUACGGCUGCCGAGGCACUUUCCCAUGCUUACUUCAGCAUCGUCCGCCUCGGUACCGCAACUAAAUCAGCCGACCGGGUCAGCGACUCCGGGUUCGCAUCCAUGUAGCUGCAGCUAUCGCACAUAGAUGAAUAACCCGCUGGGAACGGGAGGCCAAGAACAGGUUUGUCGCGCCGUGGAAGAUCUCUUGCAUAUGGCGUCGCUCUCGGACAAUUCACAAAGGCUAUUGCAAUAUGUUCUCUUGGAUUCGCAGGAUACCCCGUACAGGUUGUUGUAAUAUACGACAUCACUGCUCUAGUGUACGUGAUCUGUCUGUGCUUGUUAUAUAUAUUUCCUUUUGUUAG